GCCGGUCUGACCUGCAUAACAGUAAACUUAUUAAACAGGCCAGUCCUGCGAUAUGGAUAUUAGUACUAGUAUGUGAACCGCGACUCGCUCUGGCGGUCUCUUUUCGUUUCUCCCUCUCUCUCACACUCACACACUCAACUCUGUAUUAGGCCUAUACUCGUUCCAGUUUCAGAGUUUUAUGCAUGACUGUUCUGUUGUUGUCCCGACAUCGUUCACGCCGGGAGUAAAUACCUCGACCGAACCCGCUACCUGCCACUGACAACGAGUAUUCUGUUGAUGUCGGAAAUAGGCGCAAGGCAUCUAAGGGAGUGUUUUGGAAGCUUCAUGUCGUAAAAGUCGUAGGAGUUUUACGGUGUCAUCAUCGGCCUAAAGCUGGGAUGCGCUAAGAAGCAACGUCAGUUAGUUUACCAAGAGUUCUGGUCCGCGCAGGACGGAUAGUUCGGCUGUGUUGUUGAAAUUGUUUUGUGUGUUUUGUUUCUUUCUGUUUGCGAGGUUGGAUGUACUAGUACCUAUGUUGUGAUAUUAUUAUUAUAUUAUUAUUAUUAUAUAUCGGGAGUGACGGUUCUCGAAGCUGUAUGAAAAUGGGUUGGAAAAUGACGUUGAAUAUUUCUGUUGUUCUUCUGUUAAUAUUUAUCUCGUGCACCGAGUCGAUAACUUUUCUCGGCAGAUCCACGACGUAUUCUAGGUUCCCGAAAUGGAACGCCUGCGUCAACUCGUCCCUCAGUUUCGACUUCAAGACGACGUCGUCGACAGAGCAACUUCUCAUGUACACCGACGACAACGGCCGGUACGACUUCUUCCAGCUGGCCCUGGUGUCAGGCCAGGUCCGGCUUUGGAUGAACUUGGCGGACGAACAGGACGGGGUUGUGGAACUUCUCGUGGGGAAGGCCCUAAACGACGGAGCGUGGCACCACGUCAAAGUGCGGCGGAAUCGGAUGAACACCACCCUGUUCGUGGACACCUACCAGAGCAGCAUGAUGUCGUUCGGGCAGGAUUUUCUCUUCGGAGACCCCAAUCAAUCAACUAAAACAAACACCUUUGUGAAACAGAAUCCGUUGUUGUGUAAUGAUGAUGAUAACAAUGACAGUGAUUAUGAUGGUUGUGGUGGUGGUAAUGAUGAUGAUUACAAUGACAGUGAUUAUGAUGGUUGUGGUGGUGGUAAUGAUGAUGAUAACAAUGACAGUGAUUAUGAUGGUUGUGGUGGUGGUAAUGAUGACGAUUACAAUGACAGUGAUUAUGAUGGUUGUGGUGGUGGAGUAAUUGAUAACAACAGUCAUCUGCCUAGUCAUCAUUUAACACCGUUUGCUAAUGCAAAACACGAGUAUUUUCUAGAUCCGCCUCAGAAGGGUUGUAAAUUGAAGUUUAAAGUAGGAGCGUUGAAGAUCCAAAAAUUGGCAAGUUGUCACGUUGGAAAACCGUACCUGGUUUCCCCUGAAGACUUAGGCACGUGUGAGCGGUAG